AUGUAUCGACGUGAAAUCAAUCGCAAUUUAGCUAAACAAUUGAAGGAGAAACUAACUUUUGAUACAAAUAAGGAUACGAAUCAUUCCGAAGAACAACAACAAGACGAACAGAACGAACGAAUUGAUUCUUCUUCGACGACCAAUAACCAUCAUGAUACGGAUGCUUUUGGUAUGGAAAAUAUAUUUGAACAAAUGAGAAGAUACAAAGAAGAAGCAGAUCAAUUGACAGGCGACGAACGAAAACAAUUCGCUGAAAAAAUCAUUUUAUCUUUAUGGAAAGACUUCGGUGAUGAAGACGACGCAAGUGAUGAAGAUAAUCGAGAAUAG